CGGGAAGGUAAUGGCGCUCCAUGCAGUCAUGCCGGCCACAUGACUUUGGAGGUGUCUACGGACAACGCUGGCUCUUCGGCUUAGAAAUGGAGAUGAGUACCACACCCCAGAGUCAGACAUGACUGGACUUAAUGUCAGGGGACUACCUUUACCUUUUAUUGACCUCCUUGGAAUAUGGUGUCUAGAUCCAGGGAAGUCAUGCUACCUCUCUAUUCUACCUUGGUCAGACCACACCUAGAAUCACACUUGUGUCCAGGUCAGGGGAGAUGUUGGCAUGCUGGAAUAUGUUCAGAGGAGGGCGACUUAAAUGAUCAAGGGUCUGGAGAACAAGCCCCAUGAGGAGCAGCUUAAAGAGCUGGGCAUGUUUAGCCUGAAGAAGAGAAGGCUGAGAGGAGACAUUAUGGCCAUGUGAGGGGUAGUCAUAGAGAGGAGGGAGUAAGCUGGUUUUCUGCUGCCCUGGAGACUAGGACACGAAACAGUGGCUUCAAACUACAGGAAAGGAGAUUCCACCUGAACAUGAGGAAGAACUUCCUGACUGAACGCUAUUCAGCACGGGAACUCUCUGCCCCUAGGCUCCUUCUUUGGAGGCUUUUAAGCAGAGGCUGGAUCUGACUGGGGUACUUUGAAUGUGAUUUUCCUGCUUCUUGGCAGGGGGUUGAGACUGGAUGGCCCACGAGGUCUCUUCCAACUCAAUGAUUCUAUUAUUCUACGUCCAGCUGGGAGCUGUCCCAAGAAAGGUGAGCAAAGGGAUCCAAGGUCCUGUGAGGAAUGGCUUAAAGAGCUGGGCCUGGAGAAAAGAAGUCUUGAGAAGGAGACAUUAGAGCCACCUUUAAACAUUUCGAAGGAAUAUCUGCUCUGGAGACUAGGGCGUGGUACAGUGGUUUCCCCUCGUGGUCAGCUGUGAUUUGCACCUAUGGUAUGUUCCUGCGCUCGCGCAGGCAGCAACAGAAAAGUCUCAAAACCAAAUUUACAGUUAUCUGGAGACUAGAGCGUGGUACAGUGGAUUCAAAUGGUAGAAAUGGGUGUCCUCCUAAACAUUAGGAAGAACUUCCUGAUGGUAAGAGCACCUCAAGAGUGGAAUACGGUGCCUCAGAGCAUGGAGGAGUAUUCUUCCCUGGUGGUUUUUAUGUGGAGGAUGGACAGAGAUGCUUUGCUGGCAUGUUCCUGCAGGGCAGAAGGGGGUUGGACUGGAUGGUAUUUGGGGUCUCUUCCAACAUGAUGUUUCUGUGGCCUCAGAAGUCCCUCCCAAGUUGUGGGUCCAUCCUCCCUUGCCACGUUUCAUUGGGUACGAUGGUGACAUCUGAGCUACUUUGAGGGCCCUUUGGGCCGGUUUUGUCUUCAGGUUGGAGGGGAAGGUUAGCUGAUAGUAGUUUAUUUUUGCACCAAGGCAUUCCUGUCGAGCUAUGGAAUCUCCUCGCAGAAGUCGGUAUAUUCUUCAACAGUUGGGCAUAAAAUUAAUUUCCCUCAGGCCUCCAAAUAACAGAACAUUAUAUGUUCUCCCGUGUGUGCUCGGUUCGCCAUAUGGGAAUCUCUCGGAGUGUGCUGGAUCGAUCUGAAAUGGUUUUCUUAGGAGCAUGCUGCUGGAUUUGACUGGAAUAUACAGAAACUGCAAUAGUAAAACAACACAGGACUCUCCUUUUAUUUAACUAAAUGAUUCUUGUAUCUUGGAGGCUGCCUUGCCACUUUCCUACCCAAUGUUUCCUUGGAAAAGAAAUGGGCAGGCAUGGUUGCUCAAGAAGCCAUGUUUUUUCCAAUCUGAGCAUAAUCUGUAACUUGUUUUCUUGACUGGGUUGUGGAAGCCACUAUGCUUGAAUAUCCCAGAAUUCCGCCGUGCUCUUUGUUCCAGGUGAAAAAUAGGAUUCUCUUUGCAACAAACCACAGUUUGAAAAGAUUAGAAGAGGUCUUGCUUUAGUAAUGAACAAAGUUCAACGAUAGGACUGCAUUCACCCGUAAUAACAGGAAUUUUAACAUUUGCAUAUAGGCAGGCAUAAAAGGCUGGAAGUUUUCAUUAGCCAGGAAUAUCUGUUCUGUGAAUGUUUUACUUCGGACUUUCAAAUAACACACAUCAUUUGGAUCAAGCACACAAAGAACUAUUUGUUUCAGCUCCCCUCCCAACCCCUUGUCAGAGGCCCCAUCUAUACUGACCAUUUAAUGUAGGUUCAAACUGGUAUUGAAAAAAGUGAUUGUGCUGUGCAGAUGAUUCCAUAGGAAAUGCUGGGACCAGUUUGAGGCCUGAAUAUUUUGCACACUUUUAUAGAUCUUUGUUGUUUGGCUGCAGUUUGAAGCUAGCUCUGAACCACAUUAAAUGGUCAGUGUAGAUGGGGCCAGAGUUUCAAGAGCUGUUACAGAUGGUAACCCUGUUUGUUUACUCACAAGCAAGCACUGCUGAGUUCAAUGAUACAAGUAUGUAGGUAUAGGAUCCCGGCCUUAACAUAUUUGAUUUUUUUAAUACUUUAGACUUCCUUACUUGCUUUUAAAUAGGCAAUCUGUUUUUGGUCUUCAGGGGUAUUGAAAACUAACCUUGCAUGCAUGUUGUAACUAAUUUUGUUGCACUUGUUGUCAUAAGCUUGUAUAGUGUCACAGUUGAGAAACUAUAACAAUGCUGUAUUGAGUUUUUGAACCGUGGAUUGUUAAGAUCAAUGGAAAUGUUGCCAUUGAUUUCUCCAUGAUAUAGCUUGGGCUUCUGGAAAGCAAGUGGAUUAAAACACUUCAAACUUGGGAAGAUUAAAAAAAAACUCAGUUCAGACUGAUUUUAUACAAUGGCUUCAAGUGGGUAUAAUAGGUUUGUUCAAAGUAUUAUCCAAAAACGGAAUAUUUGAAGUCAUAAGGCUAAUAGUCUUCGGCUUUCUUGAUCUUGUUUAUCACUCGCCACAUGACUUGGGUUCUUGUAGUAAUUGUCUUUUAAUAGGGCAUUGAGACUGAAAUAUUUUCUUGUAAACAGAGGACAGAUGAUUUAGAUAAUAUUUAGUGAACUCAGUGGGACUUCCUUCCAGAUAAACUUGCGUAUGAUUUGAUCGCCAUUUUCCAUUACAGUCUUAUGUAUUUCUCGAAGCUUGUGAAAAUACUGACACCAUGAGGGGCACACACAUAUUUUAUCAACGUUGUUAAUACAUUGUGGCAUGCCCAUGUUUUAAACUGAAAAUGUUUUAAGAUUCUGCUGGAUUCAUGGUGUGAUGACAAUUUGAGAGGAAAUUUGAGCGCAUGUUAUCAGUAUAAUUUUAUAGGACUUCUGGUUUAGGGAUUUUUCUUGCAACAUAACCAUCUUGGCAAGGCACAUAACAAUCUUUGCAAGGUGUUGAUGAAAAAUAAGCUACUGUCUUCAGAAGGACACAAAUGAAAGAGGACUGGAAAAAUUUGUAUUUUUUUAAUGAGGCUUCAUCUUUCAAGUGGUUCUUUGGCGCUUCAGCAAUGCUUGGAUCUCUUGAAGAAUAACCUAGAAUUCUCAUUACUUUUUGAAGUCAUUCCAACACGAGAGUAUAAUGUCUUCCAAAUCAAGAUACAACUGGGAUUCAUUACCACUCAUUUUUUGCAUAUAUCUCUGGAUUGAGAAUGGAUUUGCGCAUAAAACAACUCAUUUUUAUUUCUCACUGGUUUCGUGCGACCGACUGGUUGAGGAUAUUCCACAAUAAUGACAAUAAGAUGUAAAGCUACUUCGUAGCAAUUAAUUAUGUUUCAUUUUCUUUCCACAGUUAAGUUGAUUUCACAGAAUUUAUCAGACCUUUCAAGAAGAAACAGGUCAUUUUUUCUGUGGGUUGAACUCAGAAUGGCUGUAGUCAUCCGUUUACAGGGGCUUCCUGUUGUUGCGGGUCCUGCAGAUAUUCGCCGUUUCUUAUCAGGAUUGAAUAUUCCUGAUGGAGGUGUACAUAUCACUGGAGGAGAAAAGGGAGAAGCUUUUGUUAUAUUUGAAACAGAUGAAGAUGCACGGCAAGCAAUGAAUUGUUCAGGGGGAUAUGUUAAAAAUUCACGUAUUGAGCUUUUUCUCAGCAGCAAAACAGAAAUGCAGUACAUGAUAGAACUCAAUAAGAAAAGAUUUGAUCGCAGUAGAAGAGAAACAAUUGAAUCUAGAUGGACACCUAAUAACUCUGGUGUUUCUUCGAAUAUGGCUGCAGCCAUAAGUAAAGGAAUUGGCAGAUCUGGCUAUGAUUCUAAAGUUCCAUUUGAGGACAGGCUUCAUUCAAAUGGCUCUCGUAAUAGCAAUACAAAUCUUUCAAAAUUAAGUCAUAAUCAUCCUAGGAGUAAAUUAAGUCAGAUAACUUACUCAUCAAAGAAAUCUAAUUCUGAUAAUUUGUACUUAUUCAUACGUGGUAUGCCUUACACUGCAAUGGAAGAUGACGUACUUACUUUCUUUGCUGGUUUACAAGUGGAUGGUGUGAUCAUGUUCAAAACCAAUGGGUCAAACAAUGGAGAUGGUCUGGUGAAAUUUGCUACACCAACUGAUGCCACAAGAGGGUUGCAACGUGAUAGACAGUAUAUGGGCAACAGAUUUAUAGAAAUACAUCGCUCUAAUGAAGGGACAUGGAUUAAGGGCCUUGAAAAAGAAGGAUUACAAAUGCAUCAGGCUUUCAGUGAUGAACAGUUUCCUCGUGAUUUGAAUAAAGAAAGAGACCCAGACUACCAGUCCUCAAGAAGGCAUACCCGUUCAAAGUCUCCUCUGCGGCGGGUUGUGGCACAUACCCUUUCAAGAUCUCCAAGGAGAAUGAUGACACAUGCCCAUUCAAGAUCUCCUCCAAAGAGGAUUGUGGCACAUACCUUGAGGUCUCCCCCAAGAAGUGUUACAACACACAGCCAUUCAAGGUCUCCACCAAGGAGGGUUAUGUCACGCACCCAUUCAAGGUCUCCACCAAGGAGGAUUACAGCACGCUCCCGUUCACCUAUAUCUGGUUCAACCCAGUCUUAUUCACCUCAUAACAGGGAACAUUAUAUACAUGUCAAAAAUUUGCCAUUUCUUAUUGAGAAGAGAGAAUUGAGAGAAUUCUUUGAAGACAUAGAUAUACUUAGCAAUCAAAUUACAUUCCUUAAGAUACCUGGUAAUAAAACAUACAAAGAUGCAGUUGUGAUGUUCAACUCAAUGAGAGCCUAUUCUUCUGCACUAGGUUAUCACAAGCACCUUCUUCGUGGACAAGAAAUUUUACUUUUCCCCAUUUCCAAAGAAGCAGUGAUGGAGCUUGCGGGAUUUUCUGAAACUAAAAAAUCCCCAGAAAGACAUUACCUUGCAAAUGAGAAAUGUGACUGGGAUAGAUAUUCUGAUCCAAAAACAUGUGUAUAUGUAAGAAACUUUCCAUAUGAUGUGACAAAUGGUGAAGUCCAGAAGUUUUUUGCAGGAUUUUAUAUUGAUGAACAUGACGUUCAUUUGCUUUAUGAUGACAAAGGAAAUGGACUGGGAGAAGCAUUGGUCAAGUUCAGAACUGAAGGUGAUGCUUUGAGAGCUGAAAGCUUAAAUCGCUGUCGGUAUUGGGGAGCAGAGGUACUUGUGAGAUGUAUAUCUGAGAAGCAAAUGCAAGAAUUUGGUAUUAAUGUUUCACCAGUAUCAGAUGAAAAGGUGCAGGAUCAUAUUCGUCCAUAUGAAAGAGGUCAACAUGCUUACACAACUGGCUCGCGUGGAUCAUCUAUAAAGCAUCCAUCUGAUUAUAGACAUUCAUCUAGUGAUUUUAUCACCAUAUCUGAUAAAUCUAGAGAUUCUGCUCCAUUUACAGAUUUUGGUGAAGGUGUUCAUGGAAAUUUUCCAGGUGGACGCUUUUUGUCAGAUUCUAAUUUCAGUGGUAGUUCUAAUCACUUCACUCUGAUUAAAUUAAAGAAUAUACCAUUUAGAGCAGCACCAAAUGAAAUUCUGGAUUUUUUUCAUGGGUAUAAGAUUAUUCCAGAAUCUCUUUCUAUCCAACACAACCAAUAUGGAUUGCCUUCUGGUGAAGCUGUUAUCGCCUUAGUAAAUUAUAAUGAAGCCAUGGCAGCUGUUAAUGAAUUAAAUGAUAGGCCAAUUGGAGAACGCAAAAUUAGGUUAACCUUGGUAUAGAUGAAAAGAUGGCCAGAGUGAAAGAACUUGAAGACAUGCUAGAUAAGUGAGUGGAUAAUAUUGAAUGGAGGUGGAAGAUAAUGGAAGAGGGUAGAGAAAUGUGGUCAUAGAUGGUAUGCAUAUAUUAAUUGUAUAAAUCCACUCACAAAGCAAAAUAUAAUAUCAAUUAAAAUAUACAUAAAAAGAUGAAGAGAUGGCUAUGAAGCAGCUUUAAGAUAUCUGCAUUGUUAAUGUUGAGAAAUGACAUUUUCACAUAGAAAAAAGUUUACUAUUUGAUUGAUUAAAACAUUAUUGGCCGUUAUUGGUUGGGUUAUUUGUAGACAAUUUUGGAUCACCUUGGUAGUUCAUGAAAACAUGACUUUGAAAGUAUUUUGUUUUUAUCCUAUAAUUGCAUGCAUAUGUCUAACUUGUCUUUAUUAUUUUAGUAUAGCCGCACUUGGAGCUAAAAAAAUGUUUUCCUGUGUAUGUUAACAAGAAGAUCCACAGUUUUUCUUGAAUUUUUGACCAUUUUUUAUGUUCAGUGGUAUUUUGAGUACCCUUUUAAUGCCUGUUCAACAUUUCUUUUAAAAUAAAAAUGUAUUAAUUUAAAA